UUCCGACGGGAUACAAUAACAACUUGUAACCUGCACGGUCUCAAACAGAGCACGGAGAAGAGCAGCGGUCGGUAGUCGAGAUCUGCCGCGUCACAGAAGAAUCACACUAAAACCUGAUCAGAAAAAAACAACUCAAAAUCUGUCAGACCAUCGGAGAAGUGAACUCGAACGAGACUGAGAGAAAACGGAGCCUUUGUUUUCAGAAGCAGCAGGGAGCCGAACCGGAGGAAAAGAUUAUGAGUUUUCUGCCAUACUUCUCCGCUGAGACCUGGACUAUCCUGGCCCUCCUCAUCACCCUCAUUGUAGUGUACGGGUACUGGCCCUAUGGUGUAUUCACUAAGAUGGGUAUCCCUGGUCCCAAACCCCUACCUUACUUUGGCACAAUGAUGGGGUAUAGAAAGGGCAUCACUAACUUUGACACAGAGUGCUUUCAGAAGUACGGGAGAAUCUGGGGGAUCUAUGAUGGGAGGCAGCCUGUUCUGUGUACCAUGGACAAAAGCAUGAUCAAGACCGUCCUGAUUAAAGAGUGUUACAACAUCUUCACCAACCGCAGGAACAUCAUUCUGAAUGGUGAGCUGUUUGAUGCGGUGUCCGUUGCCGAGGACGAUACAUGGAGACGGAUCCGCAGUGUCCUCUCACCUUCCUUUACCUCUGGACGACUGAAAGAGGUAGAACCAUCCCUCCAUCUCUCCCUUUCUAUGUUUUACCAACUCAUUAUAGCUUGUUAUAAACUCUAUAAACUCCUUAUAGCUUGUUAUAAACUCUUUAUAAACUCUAUAGCUUGUUAUAACUCUUCAUUAACUCAUUAUAGCUUGUUAUAAACUCUAUAAACUCCU